AUGGCUCUAAACUCAGGUUUACCUACUUCUCUAGUUACAGAGAGAAGAGAAGAGGGGCUUCGUUCUGGUUUUGCUUCUGCUUCUGCUUCUGAGACUCACGUUGCUGUUGCUGUUGCUGUUGCUGUUGCUGAAGGGGAAGCGCACAUUAACAAUGAUUCGCGUCCAGUUCCCCACGCUCCAAAAAAGAAAGUCUCCCACUGGACAGAGGAGGAACACAGGUUAUUUCUUCAAGGGUUGAAGAGAUUUGGCAAAGGAGAUUGGAAGAGUAUUUCGCGGUAUUCUGUUGUGUCAAAAACUUCUGCUCAAGUUGCUAGUCACGCUCAAAAAUAUUUUCUCCGCCAUAACAAUCAGAAAAAAAGAAAAAGUAUCCAUGACAUAACCACAGAUAAUGACUCCAUCUCAGUUCCACCUUCAGAGAUUGACUUGGUUUCAAAUUAUGUCAACCCAAACAAUAAUUUGGUUUCAAAUUAUGUCAAUUUAGACAAUAACUUUGUUCCAAGUUAUGUCAACCCAGACAAUAACUUUGUUCCAAAUUAUGUCGACUUUGACUUGGUUACAAAUUAUACCAGCGCAAAUAGUGACUUGGUUCCAAAUUAUGUCAACCCAAACAAUGACUUGGUUCCAAAUUAUGUUAACCCAAACAAUGACUUGGUUCCAAAUUAUGUCAACCCAAACAAUGACUUGGUUCCAAAUUAUGUCAACCCAAACAGUGACUUGGUUCCAAAUUAUGUCAAUCCAAACAGUAACUUGGUUCCAAAUUAUACCAACACAAAUAGUGACUUGGUUCCAAAUUAUGUCAAUCCAAACAAUGACUUGGUUCCAAAUUAUGUCAAUCCAAACACUAACUUGGUUCCAAAUUAUGUCAACCCAAACAGUGACUUGGUUCUCCAACAUGUUAACCACUAUAAUGUUCCAUCAUUUAACCAUGAGUUAGUCCAACAACAGCACAAUCCAAUUGGCCAACCACAUCAAAUCAUCGCAACCCAACACGAUUUGCAACCUUUCCCUGAGCAUAUUGACUUCUCUCAUUCACUUCCUCUCUCAAAUUCUCAAAUACUGCAAUUGUUUAACCUCCUCGAUUACAAUGAUUGGAAUGACUUUGUACUUCAUCUUCAACUGCGGCAAUUUCCUCACUUGGUUCACCAUCAUGAUUGGAUUGCUCCACCCCACCGUUAA